AUGGAUGAUGGAGAGUUAGAUUUCUCUAACCAAUCCUUAAAAAUGGACCAUCAAUUACUGACAAUGAAUGGUUUCUUGGAGGAUUUCCUUGGUGAUAGUCAUGCAGGUACUCAAACCUAUACUUCCAACCCAAUUGGAGAAGAUGUACCUCACCCACAAAACUCUUUCCAUCGCCGUACUAAAAACCUUCCUGUUGAAGAGAAGACCACUACUGAGGAAACAGAUGACUCAGUUGAAAUUAAAUCAAAAAAACGGGCACCUGGUAACAGGGAGUCUGUGCGUAAGUACCGCGAGAGAAAGAAAGCCCGACAAGCUUUAAUAGAGGAUGAACUUACCAAAUUGAGAAUCGUAAAUCAGCAGUUGUUAAAAAGGUUGCAGGGACAAGUUGCUCUUGAGCAAGAGGUAGCUAGGUUCAAGUGUCUGCUUGUGGACAUUAGGGGAAGGAUUAAAGGUGAACUUGGAGCAUUUCCUUAUCAGAAACCAAGUAACGGUACCAUGGCUGGAGCUUAUGAUGUGAACCAGUGCGACGUUCAAUACUCUGGAUUAGAUAAUCAAGAUGUUGACGUAUCUGGUGGAUUUCAACAUGAAGGUUUUGGGGCUUCUGAUGGUAGUUAUUUACCGUGUGUUUGGAAACAUAAUGAGUUUCUAAAUUUUGGACAAACAAAUGUCAGGUUAGCUGCUAAAACUAAUAAUCCCUCCACUGCUGCCAAGAAACGAAGAGGGAACAGCUCAAACAAAAGUUUGAAUAGAUAA